AUGGGGAAUAUCUUUGCCAAGCUCUUCAGAGGCUUUUUUAGCAAAAAGAAAAUGCGCAUUCUCAUGGUGGGCCUGGAUGCCGCAGGGAAGACGACCGUGCUGUACAAGCUGAAGCUGGGCGAAAUUGUGACCAUCGGCCCCACCAUAGGCUUCAACGUGGAAACAGUGGAGUACAAGGACAUUAGCUUCAUCGUGUGGGAUGUGGGUGGCCAGAACAAGAUCCGACCUCUGUGGCGCCACUACUUCCAGAAUACACAAGGGCUCAUCUUCGUGCUCGACAGUAAUGACAGAGAGCGUGUGGAGGAGGCCCGGCAGGAGCUCCUGAGGAUGCUGGCUGAGGACGAGCUCAGGGAUGCAGUCUUGCUGGUGUUGGCCAACAAGCAGGACCUCCCUGAUGCCAUGGACGCGGCUGAGAUCAUGGACAAGCUGGGCCUGGACUCCCUGAGCCACAGGAGCUGGUAUAUCCAGGCCGCCUGUGCCACCAGUGGGGGUGGGCUCUAUGAGGGACUGGAUUGGCUGGCCAAUCAGCUCGAGAACCACUAG